AGGAGAGGAUCCUGGAAGGGGGAUGUGUUGCAUGAGCCUCAAAGUGGGCCUAAUGCCGCCCCCAGGCAGCAGUGACCUCGGAACUGAGACCCGGCCUUCCUCUGCCUGGGAGUAUUUGUAGAGGCCCUCCUAGGUUUCAGGAGCUGGGGCAACCGCUGGGAACAAAACAGACCAGCCCGUGCCCUCGCGGGGUCUCCUUCCUAGAUGAAGACGGGGGCGCAGAGCAGGUGAUGAGGGACGGGUUAGAAACUGCUGAGUCUACUGAGGGCAGGUGGGGAGUGAGGGGGCUGCCAAGGGGCUUGGCCUCUGCAUGGUGGGAGAGCCCAGAAUGUGAGCUUGGGCCUGCCAUGGUGGAGGAAGAGAGGCUAGAAACCAGGGACAGGCACCAGGGCAGCCCUGGGGAGCAAUGGGAGUGGACUAGGAGACACAGGAUGUCCUGGAUCUGAGGAGUUGGAGGCCAGAGAACCAGGGUUCUGAGCAUAGCACGAGGGGACACGCCUGGGGAUCCCUCCCCGAGUCCCACUUGGCGCUGGCGCUGGCACCAGGACAUGAGGGUGCGGUAGACAAAGGCACUGCAGCCCCGUCCUCUCUGGCACCUGGGCCCUAGGCACAGACUCUGACUUCACAGACAGAGCUCUAACACUGGCUUUGCAAUAGAAGGAGCAGGGCCUCUGAGCCAGUGGCCUUAGCAAUGCCUGAUCCAGAGGGUGACUUUAAACUGUGUCUUGAACACUGACUGGGGAUGAGGAAGGGCAUUCCAGGCAGAGGGCACAGCAGGUGCAGAUGCUCAGAGGACCCUGUGCACACAUUAGCGCCACAAGUGUGAGUGAGCCCUGAACUGAGUGUGCCUGGGGUGGGGGCAUGCAGGGAGUGAGCAGGAUGGCAGCCAGAGGGGAGUCCGACGGCCUCAGGAGAGCUGUGUGAUCACGUGAGGGCGUGGGCUUUUUUGGAGGCCACGCCUCUCCUGGAAGGUCUGCGUGGAGAGUGGCAGGACCAGGUGUACUCUGCAGCUGCAGGACCGAGGGCUGGGAGCAGGGGUCCCUGGAGACGGUGUGGCACAGCGGGGCCAUGGCCCUGGGUGGAGAGGGGUGCAGCGUGCAGGGUACACAACUGUAUCUGAAGCAUGGUGACUUAUUAGACAUGGCAGCAGGAAGGCGAGGACAGGAACCCAGAGAGGAAAAGGCCCUGGGCACUGGGCUUGGAGGCUGGGUCAGGAGCAGAGGGUGAUUAGGCCCAGGUGGGCUUCCAGGAGGAGGGGGCACACCUGCCUGUGCUGAGAGGCAGGGCUACACAGGGUUGGGCUUGAUCACCCGUUUCCCUUCUGAGAUUCUGCACAUCCUUCUUUGAUGAACAGCAGUGGCAGCAGCGGUGUCUGCAGCAGCAGUGACAUCCGUGAUGUCAUUUGUUCCUCAUAAUACAGCAUCCAUGACAAGGACACGUGGAAACAGAAAAGGAGCACGCGGCACAGAAGAAGUCAGUCAUGCCGGCAUCUGAUCCAGCAGAUGUGGCCGCUAUUAGUGUGAAUGUUGUGCCUGUUAUGCAGAUGGAGAAUCUGGGUGGAGCGGUUGACUUGAGCCUUCCUUCCUUCCUUCCUGGGCCAGUGAUGGAAAUUGCUGUGCUCAAACGAUUCAUUCUAGACAGACCCUGAUCACAGAAGGAAUAAAGAGAAGUGCGUCCAAACCACGGAUAAUUCAAGUGCAGGUCUGACAGGGGUGACCCUGGGCGAAUCACUCAAUUGCUGCAAGCCUCCAUCUUCCGCCUGCACGAGGUAUUUUUAGAAGCAUCUACUUCCUAGCCAUGUUGUAGGGGCGCCUCAAGAGGCAAAGGGCUCGGCUGGUGCUCGCACGUGGAGCGGAUCCUGCUAUUACGGGUGUUAUCAGGCAGUGAUCACGACAGAACGUGCUGUGUGCGUGGCAAGUGCAACCACUUUGCCGCGUGCCUGGAUGAUCCCACAACAUCCCUCAAAGCAGGAGGCCGAUUCCCGUUUUAAGAAGUGGUGAAACUGAGGCUUGGAACAGCGUUGGAACGCACGCAAGGUCUCCCGCUGUGUACGGUGGGUGCUAGUGGAGCCAAGCCUGCUGGAGCCCAAGAACCCUAGACUCACAGACUCUCCCCUUUGAAACGCUACAGCUGGGGCAUCAUUUUAUAGAUGGGAAACUGAGGCAAGGAACUGACUCAGCGGCCAUGACACGGAGGCAGAUGCCAGCUCCGCAGACCCGGGUCUCCGCUUCCCUGUCCAGCCCUCUCUCCCCUCCCAGCCCAGCCCAGCCCACCUCGUCCAUGAGCCACAGCUGUGCAGCGGCCAGCGCCCUCUCCUGGCCCACGCCUGAAUCUGCAACAAAACACGGUGGGCUCUGAGCUUUGCUUCAAUAACAAGGAUUUCAGCGUAAGAUGCUACUGGCGUGCAAAGGAUCCCCUAAACCCCACGUGGUCCAUCCUCCCCUGAUAAAUGCAAUGUGGGCCCUAUUGCACCAAUACAGCCCCUACCCCCAGAGGGGAAGCUGGCAAAAACAUAACGCAAAUCAAAGAUGAACUGGGGACAUCAGUUAUAGAAUCGCUGGCCCAGCCCCAAUGUCUGUGAUCACUCAUCACCUGGGAGUUAGGGAUGAAACGUAUUGAAAUGCAAAUGAACAAUGAGCCGGAGUCUGAGGAGAGGCAAGGGAAAAGGAACAGAGUCUCCUGUUGUCCGGGACGGGGAAAGGCAAACGCAUGUUGUGGAUGGACUGUGUGUCAGACACGGGCUGGACUCUUCCAAAGCAUGUGAUCCAGUUGAAUCAUCCCGACCUUCUGAGUGAGGAUGAGGAUUGUCAGCCAGUUUAAGCCUGCCCAGGUAGCUGGUUCCAGCUCUACGUGUCAUCUGACUUGGGGAAAAAGUAGACACUUCUGAAAGAGCGAGUGACCAAAGACCACGUGUUCUGGGCUGUGUCUGGGGUGGACGCUGACCCUGACUUGGUCCACAUGGAAGCCCAGGACCUCGGUGGAGGUUUUCGGUACGUCACCUGCCCGAUCCACAACUGCUCCGAGAAGCUGCCGGCAGCCCCGUUCGCAGGCCCUAUUGACCACGGGUCUCUGACCGUGCAGGACGAUUACAUCUUCUUUAAGGUAACAUCAGCAAACCGGACAAAAUACUAUGUCUCUUAUCGCCGCAAUGAAUUUGUCCUGAUGAAGCUGCCGAAGUAUGCAUUGCCAAAGGAUCUGCAGAUCAUCAGCACGGACGAGAGUCAGGUGUUCGUGGCGGUGCAGGAGUGGUACCAGAUGGACACCUACAACCUGUACCAGUCGGACCCGCGUGGCGUGCACUACGCGCUGGUCCUGCAGGACGUGCGCAGCUCGGGGCAGGCGGAGGAGAGCGUGCUCAUCGACAUCCUGGAGGUCAGAGGGGUGAAAGGAAUCUUCCUGGCAAACCAAAAAAUUGAUGGGAAAGUGAUGACACUUAUAACCUACAACAAGGGCCGCGACUGGGAUUACCUGAGGCCACCCAGCAUGGACAUGAAUGGAAAACCAACCAACUGCAAGCCUCCAGACUGCCACCUGCACCUGCACCUGUGCUGGGCAGACAACCCCUAUGUAUCAGGCACCGUGCACACCAAGGACACCGCCCCAGGCCUCAUCAUGGGGGCAGGUAACCUGGGCUCACAGCUGGUGGAAUAUAAAGAAGAAAUGUACAUCACGUCAGACUGUGGUCACACCUGGUGGCAGGUGUUCGAGGAAGAGCAUCACAUCCUGUACCUGGACCACGGUGGCGUGAUCGUGGCCAUCAAAGACACCUCCAUCCCCUUGAAGAUCCUCAAGUUCAGUGUGGACGAGGGCCUCACCUGGAGCACGCACAACUUCACUAGCACCUCGGUGUUUGUGGACGGACUGCUAAGCGAGCCGGGGGAUGAGACGCUGGUCAUGACGGUCUUUGGCCACAUCAGCUUCCGCUCCGACUGGGAGCUGGUCAAGGUGGACUUCCAGCCCUCAUUCUCCAGGCAGUGUGGCGAGGAAGACUACAGCUCCUGGGACCUCUCCAACCUGCAGGGUGACCGCUGCAUCAUGGGCCAGCAGAGAAGUUUCCGGAAGAGAAAGUCCACGUCCUGGUGCAUCAAGGGGAGGAGCUUCACCUCGGCGCUCACGUCCCGCGUGUGCGAGUGCCGGGACUCGGACUUCCUGUGCGACUACGGAUUUGAGUGCUCCCCCUCCUCAGAGUCCAACACCAACAAGUGCUCUGCCAACUUCUGGUUUAAUCCAUUGUCCCCGCCUGACGACUGUGCCCUGGGCCAGACCUACACCAGCAGCCUUGGGUACCGGAAAGUGGUGUCCAACGUGUGUGAGGGUGGGGUGGACCUGCAGCAGAGUCCGGCACAGCUGCAGUGCCCCCUCACGCCGCUCCGGGGCCUGCAGGUCAGCAUCCAAGGUGAGGCGGUGGCCAUGUGGCCUGGAGAGGACGUCCUGUUUGUGGUGCGGCAGGAGCAGGGCGACGUCCUGACCACCAAGUACCAGUUGGACCUUGGGGAUGGCUUCAAGGCCAUGUACGUGAACCUUACACUGACCGGGGAGCCCAUCUGGCACCGCUAUGAGAGCCCCGGCAUCUACCGCGUGUCCGUCAGAGCAGAGAACACGGCGGGCCACGAUGAGGCAGUCCUCUUUGUCCAGGUCAACUCCCCCCUGCAGGCCCUCUACCUGGAGGUGGUUCCUGUCAUUGGCAUCAACCAGGAGGUGAACCUCACAGCUGUGCUGCUUCCCUUGAACCCCAACCUCACCGUCUUCUACUGGUGGAUCGGCCAUAGCCUGCAGCCCCUCCUUUCCCUGGAUAAUUCUGUGACAACGCGGUUUUCGGACACGGGCGACGUGCGUGUGACGGUGCAGGCCGCCUGUGGGAACUCGGUGUUGCAGGACUCCAGGGUCCUCCGUGUGCUGGAUCAAUUUCAGGUCGUGCCUCUGCAGUUUUCCAAGGAGCUGGAUGCCUACAACCCCAACACGCCUGAGUGGAGGGAAGACGUGGGCUUGGUGGUCACCUGGCAGCUCUCCAAGGAGACCAGCGUCCCUCAGGAGUUGCUGGUGACCGUGCUGAAGCCGGGGCUGCCCACUUUGGCCGACCUUUACGUGCUCCUGCCCCCUCCCAGGCCCACGAGGAAGAGGAGCCUCUCGAGUGAUAAGGUAUGUCCUGUGGCCAUUGGACUCCCAGGUCCUCCCUGCACAGCCCGGGGCUCGGGCCAUUUACAACAAGCAGGGACGUCUCAGUGGCUCAUGGCAUAAAGGUGUCUUUCUCGCUGCAUCAGUCUGACUCAGGGUGGCUAGACAUCGUCCACCUGUGGCUACACCCUCUGGAAGUCGCACAGCCUCUAAGGUCACCACAGCAGUGUAGUUGGGGGGAGGGCACAGGCUGCACCACCUCCCAGGGGGCCUCGCUCACUUCCUUUCCCGUGUCAUUGGCUGGAGGUGGUCACAUGGCCCCAACCUGACUGCCAGGGGCACUGGGAAAUGAGGGUAAGCACUGUCAGGGAGACACCUGAGGAUGUGGGUUUUAGGGCCGAGCAGAAGUCAGCCCCCAUGCAGUUAGCAAAUGUCUUUAUUGCAAAGGACAGCUUCCAAAUAGCCCUCAUGGAGGGGAUAAAAGACCUCCCAUGUGACAGGUGUGGGAAGGGGACUCGAAGAUGAACCAGAAUCCCUUCACGCCCACUAGGGUGGCUAAAAUUAAAAAGCAGACAAUUUCAAGUAUUGACAAGGAAGCAGAGAACUUGGAACCUCUCACGUUGCUGGUGGAAAGGGUUCAGCUGCUGGACAAAACAGGCUGGAAGUUCCUCAAUAAGUUAUACCUAAGUUACCACAUGACCCAGCAAGUCCACUUGUGGGUAUAUACCCAAGAGAAGCAGAAACAUACAUCCACAGUACAUGGAUUCACAGCAGCAUUACUCAUCGCAGCCAAAAAGUGCCCAUCAGCUGCUGAGGAAACAAAUUGUGGUCCAACCUUACAAUGGAAUAUUCUUUGACCACAAAAAGGAAUGAAGCCCUUGACACCUCUGACAGCAUGAACGAACCUUGAAAACAUGAUGCUAAGUGAAAGAGGCCAGUUGCAAAAGACCACGUAGUGUGCGAUUCCAUUCACAUUAAAUGCCCAGAACAGGCAAAUCCAUAGAGACAGAAAUAGAUGAAUGGUUGCCAGGGGCUGGGGGAGAGAGUGCAUGGAGGAGUUGCUGCUAAGGCUAGGGGAUUCUUUGG